UACGGGGAUCGUAUGUAAACAGCACGGCCAGGUCCCGCGAUGCUCCUCCUCCUCUUCCCUUAAUUCCCUCCACUCCCUCUCCCAAAGAGCCUGAAUGAUAAGCUCGGGGACAGAAAAUGGCGGCGGCGGCGGGGAGCCGGACCUCGUCGUCGGGAGCAAAGGAGUUGAAUAACAGUAAUCAUUCUUCUCAGUGCAAUAGUAGCAGCAGCAGCAGCCUCGGGGUGACUCGAGGGGAAUCAUCCCAGUGGAGGCGGAAGGAGCUGCGCAAAGUCCGGAGUGUAGAUCUGGAGAAACCCGAGCAGUUGCUGCUGCUGCUGCCGCUAACGAACGAGUGUGAUCCCGGGACGAAAGUAUCUUCGUCUGCUACUUCACCUCGCGGCUUCCAGCCCACCUCACCAAGGUCGAUCCGACACGAUGUGCUUCAGGGCAGUCCGCUAAGCAGCCCCCCUCUCAGUCCUGUCGGUGCUCAGGAUCCGUUGCACUGUGGCAAAGGCAGCGUGGAUAUCAGUGCCGAGAAUGGGGCAGCCGGACCUCUGCUGGAAGUGAUCUCAGUUCAAUACAGCAGGGACAUGGAAAAUAAAGAAACACUCCGGGGUUUGCCAAAAAUGGAUGAUCGCCCAGAGGAGCGCAUGAUCAGGGAAAAACUCAAAGCAACAUGUAUGCCAGCCUGGAAACAUGAAUGGCUAGAGAGGCGAAACCGGAGAGGACCAGUGGUUGUGAAACCAAUUCCUGUGAAGGCUGAGGGUCCUGAAAUAAAUAAGCAGGACACAGAAUGUCAAGGCGAUGCUCAGUCAGCAGCCUCCUUUCAGAACCGUGGUCGACGUAGUCCUUCCCCCAACAGUUCUAGUUCAUCUGUUAUUACAUCUUCAUCUUCAUCAUCAAAAAAUUCUGGAAAGUCUGAAUCUCCUGGUGUUAGAAGAAAGAGGGCAUCUCCAGUGCCAUUUCAAAGUGGACGUAUAACUCCACCACGAAGAGCACCCUCUCCAGAUGGCUUCUCUCCUUAUAGCCCAGAAGAAACAAACCGAAGAGUCAACAAAGUAAUGAGAGCAAGACUGUAUUUGUUGCAGCAAAUUGGACCCAACUCCUUUCUUAUAGGGGGCGACAGUCCAGAUAACAAAUACCGGGUAUUCAUUGGUCCACAGACUUGCAGUUGUGCUCGAGGAACCUUCUGCAUCCAUGUUCUCUUCGUGAUGUUAAGGGUUUUCCAACUGGAACCAUCAGACCCAAUGCUUUGGAGAAAAACUCUAAAAAACUUUGAGGUCGAGAGUCUGUUUCAAAAGUAUCAUAAUCGACGAAGUUCACGGAUCAAAGCUCCCUCUCGCAAUACAAUCCAGAAGUUUGUGUCUCGCAUGUCAAAUUCCCACACGUCAUCUUCAUCCAGCACUUCCACAUCCAGCAAUGAGAACAGCAUGAAGGAUGAAGAGGAACAAAUGUGCCCAAUUUGUUUGCUAGACAUGCUUGAUGAGGAAAGCCUGACUGUGUGUGAAGAAGGAUGCAGGAACAAAUUACAUCACCACUGCAUGUCUAUUUGGGCAGAAGAAUGUAGACGGAACCGUGAACCACUCAUUUGUCCUCUUUGCAGAGCAAAGUGGAAAUCUCAUGAUUUUUACAGCAGCCAUGAAAUCCCUAUAGAUGCCUCUCCAAGUCGAGCGCAACCACAACUGAAUCAGCCACCUCAGAUGGAUGUACAGAGGCGACAACAGGACAGCGAUUUCAACUUGCCACAUUAUGGUGUGCAGCAAAUUCCCGUCACGUAUAAAGAGCUAGCAGAGCCCUGGAUUAAGGUCUUCGGAAUGGAGCUUGUUGGUUGCCUCUUUUCCCGGAACUGGAAUAUUCGAGAGAUGGCUCUACGGCGCCUUUCACAUGAUGUCAGUGGUGCCUUACUGUUAGCAAAUGGUGAACGGACUGGAAACUCAUCCUUUAAUAAUGGAAGCUCAUUUGCUGCUGGAGCAUUUGCAGGAGCUAGCGGGUCAUCUCAGCCGGAAAUCUCAGGAGACGUGGUAGUAGAAUCCUGCUGCAGUGUGCUGUCAAUGGUGUGUGCUGACCCAGUGUAUAAAGUAUAUGUUGCUGCACUGAAAACAUUAAGAGCCAUGCUGGUUUACUCUCCCUGCCAUUCUCUCUCGGAGAGGACAAGGUUGCAACAACUUCUCAGGCCUGUGGUAGAAACUAUAUUGGUGAAGUGUGCAGAUGCAAACAGUCGUACAAGUCAGCUUUCUGUUUCUACUCUGUUGGAAUUAUGCAAAGGUCAGACUGGAGAGCUGGCAGUAGGUAGAGAAAUCCUUAAAGCAGGGUCCAUUGGUAUUGCAGGAGUGGACUAUGUCUUAAAUUGCAUUCUCGGCACAGAAACAGAAGCCAACAACUGGCAGGCUUUGUUGGGUCGCCUUUGCCUUAUUGAUAGACUUUUGCUUGAAUUUCCUGCUGAAUUCUAUCCCCAUAUUGUUUCAAGUGGAGAAUGCCAUCAACCAGAACCUGUAGCAGAAAGGUAUCAAAAGCUGUUAUCACUUUUGAGAUUUGCACUUCAUUCAAUUGACAACUCUCAUUCAAUGGUUGGCAAGCUCUCAAGGAGAAUCUUCCUAAGUGCUGCCAGGAUGGUCGCAAGAGUACCAUCUGUGUUCGUCAAACUUUUGGACAUGCUGAGCGCAACAAGUUCUACACAUUAUGUACGCAUGCGCCGCCGUCUGAUGACAAUAGCGGAAGAAAUGGACAUUAUGGAUGCCAUCCAAUUAGGAAUGGCAGACGUGCAUGCUGGAGAUGGAAGAGAAAAUGAUUUUGUUGAGCCCUCAGCCCCACACAAUUCACCAAAUGUCACUGUAAGCAAUACACCGGUCCACACUGUACAGUUACCAGGGAGAGUAACUAGAGGACUUAAUGGUAUUACAGCAAGUGUCAAUCCAGAGGACAUUGCAGAAAAACUAGCUAGUAUUUUUGUUGGACUCCCUUCACAAAGCAGUAAUGCUGAACAGCCAAAGGUGCCCAUUCAGAAAAGGAACAGACCAUUAAGUCAGUGCCUGAACUCUCCAUCGUCAAAUCAUUCCCCAACACCAUUCCCAACAAUACUUUCUCCUACUUCUUCUAACCCUCUUAAUUUACCUGUAACUGAAAACACAAAAGUUAGACCUCAGGGUUUUGGACCUGGAAAGUUACUCUCCUCCUCUUCCUCCCCCAGCACCCAGCGUAAAUUUUCUGUUCAGAGUCAAAAGUGUCCCCUAGGAAGCAAAGAACCUGAAAAGCUGUCUCCUGUUUUCACCCAAGCAAGACCCCUGCCUUCCAACCAGAUACAGAGACCAAAGCCUUCUCGACCGUCAAGUGACAAAGGAAGGCCACUAUGUGAAACUACUAAAAACAACUUAAAGCUUGACUUGAAAGAGCUAUUAGAAUGUGAAAAUAGCUGUAGUGGUACAACCAUCCAGAUUCCCAGUGAAGAUACGGUGUUUACACCUGUGGAAGAGAAGUACCAUCGACUAGACACCUCAGCUGAGCUGAACUCGAGCAUGGAAGAUUUGCUGGAGGCUUCCAUUGCACCUUGUGACAGCACAGUAACAUUUAAGUCAGAGGUGGCAGUUCUUUCUCCAGAAAAAACUGAAAGUGAUAACACAUACAAUGACGAUAUGAACCAGAACAAGAAGUGUAAGGAAAAGAUGGAAGCUGAAGAGGAGGAAGCCUUAGCAGUUGUUAUGGCAAUGUCUGCCUCGCAGGAUGCACUACCAUCAAUCCCUCAGCUUCAAGUCGAUAAAGGAGAGGAUGUGAUUAUCAUUCAAUGUGAUACUCCAGAGACUUUGCCUGGCCAUACCAAAGCAAAAUACCCUUACAAAGAGGGUACCGAAUGGCUCAAAGGUCAACAGAUUGGCCUUGGAGCAUUUUCAUCUUGUUACCAGGCGCAAGAUGUAGGAACUGGGACGUUAAUGGCUGUUAAGCAGGUAACAUAUGUUAGAAACACAUCUUCAGAGCAGGAAGAGGUUGUUGAAGCUUUAAGAGAAGAGAUCCGAAUGAUGAGCCAUCUGAAUCAUCCUAACAUAAUCCGUAUGCUUGGAGCUACAUGUGAGAAGGGCAAUUAUAAUCUCUUUGUAGAAUGGAUGGCAGGUGGGUCAGUUUCUCAUUUGUUAAACAAGUAUGGAGCCUUCAAGGAAACGGUUAUCAUAAACUAUACAGAGCAGCUGCUGCGUGGCCUUUCUUAUCUCCAUGAGAACCAGAUUAUCCACAGAGACAUCAAAGGUGCCAAUCUGCUAAUUGACAGUACAGGACAAAGACUGCGAAUAGCAGAUUUUGGAGCUGCUGCAAGGUUAGCAUCAAAAGGAACGGGAGCGGGUGAAUUUCAGGGGCAGCUUUUGGGAACUAUUGCAUUUAUGGCACCUGAGGUUCUCAGAGGUCAGCAAUACGGCAGAAGUUGUGAUGUCUGGAGUGCCGGCUGUGCCAUUAUAGAAAUGUCAUGUGCAAAGCCCCCUUGGAAUGCUGAAAAACACUCCAAUCAUCUAGCUUUAAUAUUUAAGAUUGCUAGUGCAACAAGUGCCCCUACAAUACCUCCUCACUUAUCACCCGGUCUUAAGGAUGUAACUCUGAGAUGCCUGGAACUUCAACCCACAGACAGGCCUCCUUCACGAGAGUUGCUCAAGCACCCAGUCUUCCGAAUGGCAUGGUAGAAGCAGUUGUGUGACAAAAUACUACUGAAAUUAAGUUAACCUAAAAUGCUGAAUUCUGUACCAGGCUUUACCCAAAUAUAUUUUCCCCUCAACCUAAUACAUGGCUUUCUUCCUAUGGUACAGAAUCGGCACAUUUAGCUAUAUUUUAGCACUGUAUGCAAAGAGGUCAUGAACAUUUUGCUUCUGAAUUUGAAUGCUCAGAAGAGAGAUCUGCUUUUGGUUGCUGGAAUAUAGAAUAAAUUGGAAAAAAAAAAUCAAUCUACAUAGGCUUUCAGCAGUUCAAUGAUAAACAUUUCUCAGAGCACUUUUCUCCUGCAGUAUUAGCUCUUAGGGACACUCAAGCUGCCCAGUUUUAACUUACAUAUGAAUCAUUUCAGAAUGUGUCACUUAGAUUAUAUUUCUGCAUAGAACAUGUACUUGUAACUUUUUUUUUUAAAAGAGUAAACCAUUGUUUAUCAUUGCAAUACUUCUAUUGCAUAUGUGGAAUUUUUAUGUUAAUUUUGUGUUAACUACUUUUUUUAGGCUGUAAAUUUUAGCAGCCAAUUUGUGCAUUUUACUGUUUUUACAGUCAGUCUGAAUUUAUAAUGGGAUAGCUACUAUUUCCACUCUUUUCAGGGACAAUUUUUGUUCUUAAAUAAACUUUAAGAAUGAAUACAGGUCAAAUCUCCUUACUUCAAAGAGUUUUAUAGAUGUCAUAUCUGCCUUUGUAUUUCAUUGCAUCGACUAUCAACCAAAAUAUGUUCAGUACAAAAGUUCUUAAAUUAUGUAUGCGUUAUACUUGAUAGACCAGGAAUAUAGUAAUUGUAUUUUUUAAUUUUUCUGAAACUAAAUGUUUUUUUCACUCACAAUUAUUGUCUGCUGUCCAGUGCCCCACUCUAAUAAAGCACAAGAAUCUACUUUUACUGUACAUUACCUUGCAACACAUUUGAAAAAUUAUGUUUUUGUCAGAUAUUUUCAAAAGCAGUAAUUUAAGAGAAUAUAUUCAUUUUUAUUUAAAAAAUACUUUCAAAACAAAACUAAGCAAAUGAAAGAUAAUUCUGACUGAAUCUGAUCUGACCGAGGAUGGGAGCAUUGAAAAUUAACAAAAUAAGUUGCUUAUUUCUUCCCCUUUUGCAGAUCCAUGUUGAUUGAAUAGUUUUCAGACAACUUGUAAAUAUUGCUAUAUAAUUUCAAAAAUAUAUAGAUAGUCUUUACAGUUGAGUUAACUAUAUCCAGUAGUCCAUCCAUUCAUUAAUAAGCCUAAUGUUUAAAUUCAAGAAGCAUUUUUUCAACAUCACUUCCACCUGUUAUUGUUACACGGCCAUAAUUUGUAUAUCUUUCUAUAGUUUUUUCUUUUCCUUUUGAAAGUAAGUAAGAACUUCACUGUGCUCUGAACAUGUGACAGUCAUAACCCUAUAAGUUAUGAUUAUCAAAAGGCAAAAGAUGAUGCCAUUUGGAAAUAAUUUUGAAAAGCACUCUGACGUAUCAGAUUAUGGUUGCAACUAAUAUGCUUUUUACUGUGGGAUCAUUUUCCUAUCAGAAAUUAACAAUUUCUGUUCAGUUUUUCAUUUAUCUGUUGUUGUUUUGAGCAGUAAAGUAUGCCAUUCUCUUUUUGUACUGAUUGGCUUCUGAUGUCUGCAGAAGUAAGAAGCUACCUUACUUUGUUGUAGUUAAUCCCAGUUGAUAAAAGCUAUAUACUUUUCAUGUAUUGAUAAAAGGGAAGGACUGGCAGUUGCUCAUUAAUUUCAAAUUCAAUGUUUUAUGUUCCAUCUGUAAAAAGUGUAUUGAGAGUUUUAUUUGUGCCAGUUGUACAAUAAUAGAUACAAAAGGGAAUUAAAUUAGUGACAAGCAAUUUUCGAAUGAUUUGUUCAUUUUGAACAACACUUCUCCGUGAAUCAUAUGAAAAUGAUUCGUGAGCAUGAACAAAUCAAUUCAGUGGAGUUCACUGGGAGUGUUAAAAGUGUGUGUGUGUGGCCUUCCUGUGUGAAGUUGUCAGCAUCUUUCGUUUCACUAAUAGAUGUUUAAAGCACAUGCACAUGAACCAUCUGAAUCAUGAGUCUUUACUCCUUUGAUUUGUGAACGAGUCACUACCCAAGAAUCAGUCUUAACAAUUCCUGUUCAUUUUUUUUCAUGAAGAAGUCAAGAACCAGUCUAAAGAUUCUCUUUCAU